AUGCGGAUGCACAUAAAGCCAGAGCCAGUGCCGAAUUCGCGGCUCUUGAAGGGCCCAAUGGGCUGCCCUGCAGCAGCAGCAGCAGCAGCAGCAGCAGCGGCAGCAGCAGCAGCAGCGGCAGCAGCAGCAGAAGGUGAGGGGCAGCAGUGGGCAGACAGGGGGGAGCAAAGAGACACAGGCAGCAGCAGAGACAGACACAGCAGCAGCAAAAGAGACAGCGGCAGCAGCACUGGCAGCACCAGCGACAUCAGCAGCAGCCAUAUCACUAUCAGCAGCAGCAGCAGCAGCAGCAGCAGCAGCAGCAGAUCCGCCACCACCAUCCCCACAACAACCCACCCUACUCAUCACCAUAGUCCCCACCACCACCAUAACCACCAAAACCACUAUAACAACCAUCCGCAUCCCCAACAGCAGCAGCAGCAGCAGCGGGAGCCGCAGCAGCAGCAGCAGCAGCAGCAGCAGCAGCAGACCGUGGUUCCAGUAUCCGACGAUGGACUCGCCGUGGAAGGCGUCGGACUGCCAGCGGCCAAAGCCGUGGGGGAGGCCCUCGGGGUCCACUUGGCCCACAUAGAAGGCCACAGUGAAGGGCCCCAAGCUGCUGCUGCUGCUGCUGCUGCGGCGGCGGCAGCACAGCAGCAGCCGCAGCCAGAAGUACAGCUGCUGCCGAAAAGAGUGCCCGUGAGCCUCCAG